GUCAGUCUUAAACGAAACAAACUCGAGAAUUGUGAAACAUGAAGUGCAUUUACCUUUUCGUACUCUGCCUGUUGGCAGUCAACGCCGUCCCCCUCGACAACCCCACGGGUCAGCCAGGCUGUCAAACGGAGGAGGAGUUGUCGGUUGUCAAUUAUCGUCAUCUGCGUAAUAAGACUCUGUACUGGAUAUGCCAGGAGCAAGGCGUUCCUGCUGCACUCGGCCAGUGUCCAGUUGCCCAUGGCUGGCUGGAUGAUGUGAAGGAAUGUGUGCAUUUCUCCCUAUGGUACUGGACCCCAACGGUGCAGCCGCCAAGCCAGCCGGCUCAAGUAUCCGCUUAAAGAAUUUCGAUGCUUUCCGAAUUAUUAUGAUGUUUACAAACUGAAAUAAAAACAAUUGCGAAACGAAUAUGAAUUGGGUUUAAAUAAAUUUGAGCAUUUUAAAAUAA